AUACAGUGUGAAAUGCAGUUUUGGUGACACUAUGUGACGUAGAGUCUGUCAGAAUGAGGACACUUAUACACAUACACAUAUAGACCUGUUUUGUGAGCCCCAUCAGUUCUUUUACAAACACACACACACACACACAAAACACACACAGCAAGACAGAUGUGUGGCAAGAGAGACAAAGAAGCAUCUCACUACACAGGACGGAGGAUCCGCCGAAACAGCCGCCGUCCCUUCUCCUGUGGGAAGAUGUCUCUUAUCCUGCUGGUGGUGAUUUUGUCCACGUUUUCGAAAUGUUUGGCCUCAAAGACUGUAGACACUUCCAGCACUGAAAAUAUAUCAACAGAUCUGUUCGAAGAAGAAGAAGUGUCAGAGAGGUGCAUUGUGGAUACUGUGGCCCUCCACAACCACCCGAUUCAGACCCAAGAGACCAUGUUCCAGCUGGUGAAUGCGUCCUGCAGCUUUGUUCAGGCUUUCCACUACUGCCGGGGCCAACUGAGCUCCAUCACCAUUCAAGGGAAGCAUGAGGAUGAAGAGGGCAUGAGGCAACUUCUGGAUCAGGUUCAGAUGCGCCGUCCGGUCUGGGUCAGGAACAGUAACAGUGUCAGUCAAUCAUCUGUACCGAGCGUUCCCAAACAGAAUGUUGUAUUCUCAGGAUUGUCCUUCUUUGACAAAUCUAAAGACGGGUACGCUCGAGUGGAGGCCUCAUUCCCACCACUGUCCGCUGUGAGCGUGUGCAUACGUGUUCAAUUCCCCCAGCACCACGGUGAUCUGUCCACUCUGUUUUCAUAUGCUGCACCCACUUUGACGAAUGAAUUCCAGCUCCGAGGAUGCUUAGACAAGAACAAGCGGCAGGUCCUGCUGGCCCUCAUCAUCCACGGAAAGCACCACUCUUAUAAAGCUUGGUUUCCCAACAAUGGUGACUGGCAUCACGUUUGUGUUACAUGGCGGAAAAGUGAUGGACUUUGGAAUAUUUAUGUGGACGGCGAAAAACGUGACUCAGCCUCGGACAAGGCCUCGUCCCGGGAUAUCUAUGGAAAUGGAAUAUUUAUUUUGGGACAGGACCAGGAUUCUUUUGGGGGGACUUUUACUGAGCCAUACUUAGGGAACAUGACAGAUCUGAACAUAUGGAAUUUGUGGCUGACAGAGAAACAGAUUCAGACACUUUUCACCUGUUCGGAUUCCUCGGAUCUGAAGCCGUUUUUCAGCUGGCAUGAGCGCAAUUUGACUCUCCACCCUGUUGUGAAGGAGAUAUCAGGAAUGGUACAAUGCCCUGGUUUGCUAGAGCAGAAGCAGAAAGAGCAGGAUUCCUGCCGAAUUCUGCAAGUCUUUAGUGGAGGUGUACCAAAAUACAGCACGACACCUUGCUCAAACACUUACCCCUUCAUCUGCAAAAUCAGCAAAGCCCGCUAUAUGAAGAAGAAAGAGCUGGAGGAGUCGCUGAUUAUGAACCCGACCCCCUUGAUGCAAAACCUCAUGAGCCAUGGCAUGACCACCAGUGAAAUCCUUGGUAUGCCUGAUGCAGACGACACCUGGUCUGGAGUCUCCAAUCUGCUUAAUGUCUCUGAGGUUUAUCUGCGGGAGUCCCAGGGCCAGCUUGAGAGCAGGGAUGUUCCAUCUGUGCUUGGGAUGUUGGCUCGUGUUGCCGAACUGCCAACCACUAGCGAGCAGACCCACAUGACGGCACAUGCACUUGGCCGCAGCUUCAUUAGUUUGGCGGAUACGCUUAUGAGUGAGGGGGUCAUGAACAAAUGGGAGACCAUGAAAGAGGUGGUUAGUGGACCAAUGGUUGUAGUGCAGACCAUUGACCGCAUGGCGUCUAACCUGAGCCCGGUGCUCCUGGGGGCCGCAGACCAUGUACAAAUAAACAGCAGCAAUAUCAGACUACAGGUCAAACAGAAGAACGUGUCUGAGAAUUCCCAUGGAUCAGAGUUUUGUGGUUUCAGCAGAUCCGGUCCCUCUGGUCUGGACUGCAUCUCUGUUGCACCUCAAAGCAUGCAGGAGCUCUACAAUGAGGGCUUCGGGAAAGUUACUCUGUUAAACGCUUGGUACGGCUCCCUGAGACCGCUGUUGAAUGGACAGGAGAACACGACGCUCAUCCCCGUCACCACUGACUCCUCUUUCAAGUAUAAGGGGACAGUCCUGGGCUCAUCGCUCAUUUCCAGCACAGUGAUGGCUGAUGGGAAGUUUGUCAGUCUGGGUGUGCAGUAUACACUCCGCCAUCACACUCAGAGCACUUCGAGGAUCAUCCAUAAGCCCAUCUGCGCCUUUUGGGAUUUCGAGCUGUUGGCAGUGGAUAAAGGAGGAUGGUCGACUGAUGGCUGUGAGGUCAUUUCCUCUCAAGAAGACACCACUUCCUGUUUCUGUAACCACACCACCAACUUUGCUUUGCUCCUGCAGAUUUAUGAGGUUCAGUACACACCGGCAGAUGAGAGAGGUUUACAGAUCCUGAGUUUUGUCGGCUGUGGAGUGUCACUGUGUGGACUGAUCUUCACCUUCAUCCUCUUCAUCGCUGUCAGUGUCCCAAAAUCUGACCGCACCACUGUGCAUAAAAAUCUGAUCGUAGCCCUGGCUGCUGCUCAGUUUCUCCUCAUCUUCAGCUACUGGGCCUCGGCUAACCAGGAGCUGUGUUUGUUGGUGACGGCUCUCCUUCACCUCUUCUUCCUGGCGUCUUUCUGCUGGAUGCUGGUCGAAGGGCUGCUGCUCUGGAGCAAAGUCGUCUCUGUGAAUAUCAGCGAGGACAGGAGAAUGAGAUUCUACUAUGGCCUGGGCUGGGGGUUGCCAGUUGUCAUAGUGUCUGUAACCUUGACAGUGUCGCUGAAAAAGUACAAGGCGGAGCAGCGCUGUUGGCUCAACACAGAGUCUGAUAUUAUUUGGGCAUUUGUGGGGCCUGUACUGUUUGUUCUAAUGGUCAACACUGUGGUCUUAUGUCGGGUCGUCAUGGUAACCGUCUCUAGCGCACGGCGCCGAGCCAAAAUGCUGGCUCCAAGCUCCGCCUCCAAAUCAAAGCCCAUGGAUCUGACUUGGGCGGCGACACGGCCUGUCUUGAUUCUUAUGCCGGUUCUGGGUCUGACGUGGCUGUGUGGGGUUCUGGUCCACCUGUCUGUGGUUCUGGCCUACCUGUUUGUAGCACUUAAUGCCUUCCAGGGGUUGUACAUAUUCCUGGUGUAUGCGGUUUAUAACAGUGAGGUGCAGAACGCUAUAAAGAGAAUACAGGAGAAGAGGAAAGCUCUGUCCUUUACUAAUUGCUCUCAGCCAAUCAGCUUCCUGCCAUCUCCGAGGACUCCUGGUGCAUCGUGGGUAGACAGCUUGCCCACCCCGUCCAGCCCAGAGAGUAGUAGCUCCAGUUACAUGACCAACUCUACAGCAAGCUCACUCGUCAUUAAGAACGAAAGUUUUGGAAACGACAAACUUGCAAGCUUCUCAGCCUCAUCCAAACCAAGUGUGGAAAAUCCUGUGGUUCAGCUGAUGGCCUUCAAACCCUCAGCCUGUUGAAGAGAAGACACUGGUGGACUACACAUGCUGCUGACCCACACACACACACACACACACACGUGUGGCGAAGCAGCUGGAGAAGAGCGGGCCUCUCCCACACUGCAGUCCCCCUCGUUCCCAGGGUUAAAGCGAAACAGUGCCGUGUGUGUCUAAGUGUGUGUGUGUGUGUGUGUGUGUGUGUGUGUGUGUGUGUGUGUGAUAGAGAUAAAACAGCAGUCUGUGCUGAAGUUCUUCUGGGUUUCUUCUCUUCACGCUCCACAGAACUCACCCUGCUGAACAUAAAGCGUAGUUAGCGUUAGCAGCGGACACACAGCGAGCCACGCCGCGUUGUAACCUCAGACCAGACGGCUUCGGCUGUCAGUGAGACAGACGCUUAAACCAGGACUGUAGCUCAGUAGGAAAAUUGUAGAUACGCUGUACCGCUGUGUACAGUCAACACACACACACACACACACACACACACACACACACACACACACACACACACACUGACCUGUGACACAUUCUAGUCCUGUGUGACGUGACCGUACUGACACCUGCUUACUAAAAAAACAAGGUGUUGGUGCACAAAAUGUAGUUUAGAGGAAACAACGUUAGUGUUGAAUGAGGGAGGUGGGAUCUGAAAAAACAGUAGAGAGAUUAUCUUUUUGGGUUUGAAUCUGAUGGGUGUAAAUUAUAAGUGGAUUUUUUUUUCCAUAAAAAAAAAACAAAAAACAAAGAUUGUGAAUUGCUUUGACAAUAAAUUAAAAAAUAAAUGAAAUGACAUUAAAAUAAAAAAAAAAAAUGUAAAUAAACAUGCUGUAAAAACUUUA